UUACUGAGUUGCUGUCUUGGCCAGAGUCCGGAGCAGCCGCCGCCCGCGCGCGCCGAGCUCAGUCCUCUGCCAGCGCCGGCUCUCCCACCCGGCCCGAUACCGACCCGGCCAGGCCAGGCUCUACACGCAGCAGCCACCAUGGAGGUGAUGAACCUGAUCGAACAGCCCAUUAAGGUGACGGAGUGGCAGCAGACGUACACCUACGACUCCGGCAUCCACUCAGGGGCCAACACCUGCGUGCCCUCAGUCAGCAGCAAGGGCGUCAUGGAGGAGGAUGAGGCCUGUGGGCGGCAGUACACUCUCAAGAAGACCACCACCUAUACUCAGGGGGCACCCCAAAACCAAGGUGACCUGGAGUACCAGAUGUCCACAACAGCCAGAGCCAAGCGGGUGCGGGAGGCCAUGUGCCCUGGUGUGACAAGUGAGGACAGCUCGCUGCUGCUGGCCACCCAGAUUGAUGGACAGGCCACCAAUCUGCAGCGACUGGCUGAGCCGUCCCAGCUGCUCAAGUCAGCCAUUGUACAUCUUAUCAACUACCAGGAUGAUGCUGAACUAGCAACCAGGGCCUUGCCCGAGCUCACCAAACUGCUCAAUGAUGAGGAUCCGGUGGUGGUGACCAAGGCAGCCAUGAUCGUGAACCAGUUAUCAAAGAAGGAGGCAUCGCGGCGGGCGCUGAUGGGCUCGCCCCAGCUGGUGGCGGCCGUGGUGCGCACCAUGCAGAACACCAGUGACCUGGACACAGCUCGCUGUACCACCAGCAUCCUACACAACCUCUCCCACCACCGCGAGGGGCUUCUUGCCAUCUUCAAGUCUGGAGGCAUCCCUGCCCUGGUCCGCAUGCUCAGCUCCCCCGUGGAAUCAGUCCUGUUCUACGCCAUCACCACACUGCACAACUUGCUGCUCUACCAGGAGGGGGCUAAGAUGGCGGUGCGCCUGGCUGACGGACUGCAGAAGAUGGUGCCCCUGCUCAACAAGAACAACCCCAAGUUCCUGGCCAUCACCACUGACUGUCUGCAGCUCCUGGCUUAUGGAAAUCAGGAAAGCAAGCUGAUCAUCCUGGCCAAUGGAGGACCGCAGGCACUCGUGCAGAUCAUGCGUAACUACAGCUAUGAGAAGCUGCUCUGGACCACCAGCCGAGUGCUCAAGGUGCUGUCUGUGUGUCCCAGCAACAAGCCUGCCAUCGUGGAGGCUGGUGGGAUGCAAGCCCUGGGCAAGCAUCUGACAAGCAACAGCCCCCGCCUUGUGCAGAACUGCCUCUGGACUCUUCGCAACCUCUCAGAUGUGGCCACCAAGCAGGAGGGCCUGGAGAGUGUGCUGAAGAUCCUCGUGAACCAGCUGAGUGUGGACGAUGUCAAUGUCCUCACCUGUGCCACUGGAACACUGUCCAACCUGACCUGCAACAACAGCAAGAACAAGACGCUGGUGACCCAGAACAGCGGGGUGGAGGCUCUCAUCCACGCCAUCCUGCGUGCCGGUGACAAGGACGACAUCACGGAGCCUGCUGUCUGUGCCCUCCGCCACCUCACCAGCCGCCACCCCGAGGCUGAGAUGGCCCAGAACUCUGUGCGCCUCAACUAUGGCAUCCCAGCCAUUGUCAAGCUACUCAACCAGCCUAACCAGUGGCCACUGGUCAAGGCAACCAUUGGCCUGAUCCGGAAUCUGGCUCUGUGCCCAGCCAACCAUGCUCCACUGCAGGAGGCAGCUGUCAUUCCCCGCCUUGUCCAGUUGCUGGUCAAGGCCCACCAGGAUGCCCAGCGCCAUGUGGCUGCAGGCACUCAGCAGCCCUACACAGAUGGCGUGAGGAUGGAGGAGAUUGUAGAAGGUUGUACCGGAGCCCUUCACAUUCUUGCCCGGGAUCCCAUGAACCGCAUGGAGAUCUUCCGGCUCAACACCAUCCCUCUGUUUGUGCAGCUUCUGUACUCAUCAGUGGAGAACAUCCAGCGUGUGGCUGCCGGGGUGCUGUGUGAGCUGGCCCAGGACAAGGAGGCUGCUGAUGCCAUCGAUGCUGAGGGGGCCUCAGCCCCUCUCAUGGAGCUGCUGCACUCCCGCAAUGAAGGCACUGCCACCUAUGCUGCUGCGGUCCUGUUCCGCAUCUCGGAGGACAAGAACCCGGAUUACCGGAAGCGUGUGUCUGUGGAACUCACCAACUCCCUCUUCAAGCAUGACCCAGCUGCCUGGGAGGCUGCCCAGAGCAUGAUCCCCAUCAAUGAACCCUAUGCAGAUGACAUGGAUGCCACCUACCGUCCCAUGUACUCAAGCGAUGUGCCCCUCGACCCACUGGACAUGCACUUGGACAUGGAUGGCGACUACCCCAUGGACACCUACAGCGAAGGCCUCAGGCCUCCCUACCCCACCGCAGACCACAUGCUGGCCUAGAUGCUCUGCCCCAGUGUGGUUCCUCACUUGAGAGGGUCUCACACAGGCGAUGGGACAAGACAGAAAAGUGCCUGAGCCAGGGAAACCAGGCUGCAACUUUAUGCCGAGGCCCAUGCCUCCAGGGGUCCUCCGCAGGUUUUCUUGGGAUGGUGUUCUGCCCCUGCUUUUCUGUCCUGGGCCAUAGGUCCAGGUCUCAACACCCCCUCCCUGCUCCCACGGCCCUAGCCACUAAAGCUUUAUACUCAGCCGCCCACUUGUGCCCCGUCCCCACCUCCAGUCUAUCUCCAGCCACCCUGGGCCCCCAGGUCCUUCUUCAGAUCUGAUGUCUCUCGCUCAACUCCCAUCAACCAACUACCCUGAGCCCCUUAUGGUCUCCAGGGUGCAGGUUCAAGGAUGAAAGUUGUAAUGUCCAAAGUUUUCCUGGAGAAAUUCAGGAGCCUUUCCCAGGAAGGGACAGGCUGGAGAGCGAGUACCUGCUCUCCAGGAUGCACUUCCUCUCUCUAGGAUGCUCAGUUGACUUGGGCCCUGCCUGGGGGAGCACGGGGAACAGCUUCCUCCCGCCCUUGCCCCCACUGCCCCAGCUGACCCACAGAAGUGCUCUUGUUGACCCCUCUGGUGCGUGGUGAGGGGCUUUCUCUUCUCCUUCCUAUUUCAGACCCCGGCACCGCCCCUUGCACAUAGAGAUGGGGGCGGGGCGGGGACCCCCGUGGAGUUUUAUUAUUAUCGCUUUAUGUUUUGGGGUGGUUUUGUUUGU